GUUAUUUUGUAUUCUUGUCAGUUUGAAACUGCUAUCCCUGUGUAACCCACGGCGCGAACCAUUUAAAUAGUAAUCAGGAUAUGAAGAUAUGACGUACAAAACAUUUUUCAUAGUUGUGAUCACACUUAUACAUACUUGUUAUUGCGAUGACGUCAAAAAUUUAUUUGAAAAAAUAAAUAGAGAAACGAUAAAAUUAAACGCAAUUGGCGCCGACGUCGGUUGGCAAUCUCUGAUCAACCCUAGCAGCCCUGACUUACCAGAUAGAGCAGGGAAAUUUCAAAAAAGCCUAAUCAAUUGGAAACAGAGCAACUGCAAUAAACUGGCAACAUUAUAUUUUGCUAAUCAGUUGAAUUCAACCCAAAAGCGGCAAACCUAUUUGUUGUGUAGAGGUUUGAAAUAUUCGUAUAAAGAAACGAGAAAAACUAGCAAUUUGUAUGAAGAAAUUCAAGCUAUUUAUAAUGAUGCUGAAACAUGCAUACCAAAUAUAAGUAAGAAUAGUAGUUUGGUGCAAUUUGAGGAAGCCAUUUUGAAUUAUGUGUCAAAAGUCAAUACAAAUUUAAAUUCAGAACAGCUUAAUAAAAAAUUAAAUACAGAAUGGGAAGGGAAUCAAAAGUGUUUAAUAGGGGAGAAGGAAUUUGAUAGUAUGAUGAAAUAUUCUAAAAAUGAAACAGUACUUCGGUGGGUUUGGUCGGAAUGGCGGGAAAAGAUGAUAGUAAUGAAGACGCCAUAUUUGCAAAUGAUGAAAAUUGAAAAUAAAGCAGCAAAACGGAAUGGUUACAAAGACAUCGGCGCAUUUUGGCGAGAUGAAAUCGAACUACCGGAUUUACGAAGACUAUGUUACCAGUUAUAUGAGAGCAUUCUCCCGCUUUACAAGUUGUUGCAUGGUGUUGCCAGGUUUCAAUUAAGGAAAAAUUACGGGGAUAUAGUACCAGAGAAAGGGCCUAUUCCCGCGCAUUUACUCGGUGAUCUCUGGUCCCAAAAUUGGGAGAAAUUGGUAGAUAUGAUCCUGCCGCAAAAUAUUAAUUUAGAUCAUCGGAUUAAUAAGUUAAAUUGGACCGUUGAUCAUAUGGUAAAACGUGCGGAGGAUUUUUAUACGUCGCUUGGUUUACCCGCCAUGACGCAAACAUUCUGGCGGGAGUCCAUAUUUACGCAGAAAAAUAACUCUAUAAGAUGUCACGGGACUGCCGCUGAUAUGUUUAAAAAUGGAGAUUAUCGUUUAUUAUAUUGUUCUAACACGUCGUUUGAGGAUUUCUACGUGCUGCACCACGAGAUGGGUCACAUACAAUACUAUAUGGCGUAUGAGAAACAACCUGGAUUAUUUAGGCAAGCGAACAUCGCCCUCCACGAAGCGAUUGGCGAUACAAUAAUGCUAGGAGCCGUAACACCGCAACAUUUACACCGACUGGGCCUUAUAAACGAUACAGAAUUAUUUGCAAACGAUAGUGAUUAUGAUAAUAUGUCUUUAAAAGAAAUAAAAUAUGAUAAGAGUACUAAAGAAUUAGAUACAAAUACAAUAAGCGUAAUAGAUAUUGGGAAAACAUUUAAGCUAGUCAUUAAUGCGAAGAAGGGUGAUUUAGGAAAAAUGAUUCCAAAUUUAAAAGACAAUAUUGUUUUUAAAGACAAAGGAAACGCGAAAGGAGGUAAUAGCAAAGAGCAUAAAGCAGAUAAACUGAAAAAAGCGGAAUCAAAUCACAUUAGCACAGACGAUGUACUGAUACUAAAACAAGCUUUAAAUAAACUACCUCAGAUACCAUUUUCCCUUGUACUAGAUGAAUAUAGAUGGCGUUUAUUUGAAGGUAAUUUGGAUAAGAGAUAUUUGAAUAAAGAAUUUUGGAAGUUGGCAAGAGAAUUGCAGGGAAUUGCACCUGUAGGAUAUAGAGGAGAAGGUUAUUUUGAUGUUGGUGCUAAAUAUCACGUAGCUGAUAAUGUGUCGUAUAUCAGGUACUUUUUAAGUAGUUUCGUCCAAUACCAAUUAUUCGAGCGUCUCUGUAAAGCAGCUGUGUUCGGCCGUAAGAACGUAGCGGAGUCUAUGCCCAGUUCUAUCGCUCUACAUCGGUGCGAUAUCUAUGGUUCGAAAGUGGCGGGAAAAAUUCUCAAUGACCUAAUGUCGAGAGGAAGUUCCCAACAUUGGAUGGAAAUUUUACAAGAAUCAGCAGAUAUUGGUACUAUAACCUCUUCAUCAUUGAUUAACUACUACCGUCCUGUUUAUAAGAUGCUCGCUCAAUUUGUGAAAAAACAUAAUAUACCCAUUGGCUGGUAGAUAAGUGUUGUAAUAAAGUAUGAUAUGAGUAUUAUUUAUUGAAAAU